AUGAUUGGUAGUAUUGACUGUAUGCAUUGGCCAUGGGAGAUGUGUCCCACGGCGUGGAGAGGCACCCACACACGGGGGGACAUAGAUAGACCUUCGUUGAUUCUUCAAGCGGUUGCAUCGUAUGAUCUAUGGAUUUGGAAUGCUUUCUUUGGGCCACAAGGGUCUUAUAAUGACAUCAACGUAUUCGAGUCAUCUCAUGUGCUUGAAGAUCUUAUAUUCGGUUUGGCGCCCUCAGCAUCUUUUUAUGCAAAUGGUAACUUCUACGAGAGAGGGUACUGCUUAGGCGACGGGAUAUACCCCGAGUAUGUUACAUUCGUCAAGACUUUUACCGAUCCAAUUGACGAAAAGAGAAAGCUUUUUAAGAAAAAGCAAGAGGCGGCACGUAAGGGUAUAGAAAGGGCUUUUGGUGUGUUGAAAAAAAGAUGGAAAGUCCUUAAUCAUCCGACUCAGUAUUGGGACAAGGCACUUAUGCAAGACGUGAUUUAUGCUUGUAUCAUCUUGCAUAACAUGAUAUUGGAGGACAAGGACAAGGCCAUAUGUCAAGACUACAAUCCGGAUGAACCUUCUCUAGUACCGGGCUAUUGGGAACAAAUGACUCCACUCGAAGAACGAAUUCAAAACCGCCAUACUAUUAAAAGCCGAGAAACACACAAUAUGUUGACGGCGGACUUGGUUGAUCAUCUUUGGUCGACCCAACCACAUGACUUUGAUCCUGAUAACGAGGACCUCCUGGAUCUCAACGAGUAUGUUAAUUCGGACGAUGAGUAG